UAGAUUGGAAGAGGUAUAACCCAAAUGAACAUUUCUGGGAGCUGGCAGAAAAUGUUAUAAAUAUACAAGAAGCUAUUCAAAAGUUCUAUCAGCAGUAUCUAUCUAAGCCUAAACCACAUUUUGCUAAGAAAAACAAAGAUAGAAAACCAAAGAGAAAUGGUCUUGAGGAGGAGAUAAUGUUACGGUCUAAGCCUCUAACCCAUGACCAACCAAGCCUCGAGUUUGUGAUCUGUAAAAUGGCCCAUGAUCUAAGUCCCGAACUACCAAGUUUGUAA